ACCCUUGUCGGCCGCCAAUUUUUCGAACGUGGCAGCUUCGACCUCCCGCGCACCUUGGGACUUUAUUGUGGGUACCAGCAAUUGGCUGAUCUGGCGCUAUCUGUUCGAGACGACAUCUCCAAUUCCAACGUCCACCCCCUCGAGCCCCGGCAGAAGAAGAAGGACAACGGUCGACGAGCACGAAAUCGCGAACCCACCGCUCCCCCACGAUUCGAUCAAUCUCCCAUCCCGUCAAUUCGCUUCGCACCGUCGCACAAGAUGAGACCGUUUCUCCCCCUGCUCUCGAUGAGCGCCGUCGCGCAGGCGCUCUACUUCUAUAUCGACGGCACCUCGCCUAAGUGCUUCUUCGAGGAGCUCCCUAAGGAUACGCUCGUUGUUGGCCACUACACGGCUGAGGAGUGGGAUGACAGGAUCAACCAGUGGGCCAAGCACGAUGGUCUCAGCAUCUACAUCUCGGUCGAUGAAACCUUCGACAACGACCACCGCGUCGUCUCCCAGCGCGGCUCUGCUUCUGGCCGCUUCACCUUCACGGCUGCCGAUGCCGGCGACCACAUGCUCUGCUUCACCCCGUCCUCCACCUCUGGCCGCGCCGGCUGGCUCUCUCAGCACUCCCACAACGGUGGCAUCCGUCUGACGCUUGACCUCGCUAUCGGCGAAAGCAGCGAGAUUGAGAGCUCUGACAAGAGCAAGCUCGAGGAUAUCGCCACCCGUGUCAAGGACCUUAACAACCGCCUUUCCGACAUCCGCAGAGAACAGGUCUUCCAGCGUGAGCGCGAAGCCGAAUUCCGUGACCAGUCCGAGUCCACCAACGCCCGUGUUAUCCGAUGGAUGCUCAUCCAGCUUGUCGUGCUUGCCGUCACUUGCACCUGGCAGCUGUCGCAUCUGCGGUCCUUCUUCAUCAAGCAGAAGCUCACGUAA